ACUCGUCUAAGAAAAAUUUGGUUGUCCAAUAACAAUCUUGUUGGGAAGAUUCCAAUUGAACUAAUUUCAUCUUUGUCAAAGCUGGAGAUAAUUGUUGUUCAUAAUAAUGGCUUAACAGGAAAAAUACCAGCUUCUUUGGGGAAUAUUUCCUCCAUUCGAAUUAUCUCUUUGGGAGGAAAUGGACUGCAGGGGAGCAUUCCAGAAUCCUUUGGUCAGCUAAGAAACUUAUACCUUCUAUCACUUCAUGCAAACAAGCUAUCCGGUAUGUUACCUCUCUCACUAUAUAAUCUCUCAUCUCUUGAAAUUGCUUCCCUCACACAAAACCAACUGCAUGAGAGCCUUCCAUGAGACAUAGGCCUCACUCUUCCAAAUCUCAAAGAAAUAUAUAUUGGAAUGAACCUUUUCUCAGGGAGCAUUCCGAAUUCCAUCUCCAAUAUUUCAACACUCGAAGUGAUUGAUCUCUCUUUCAACAGUUUUAUCGGACCAGUCCCUAACAACUUAGGAGACCUUCAAAAUCUUCAAUUUUUCAUUAUUGGUGGAAAUCAAUGUGGAACAGGGGAAGUUGAUGGUUUAGAUUUUGUAAAAUCUUUGAUCAAUCAUACACAUCUAGAGAUUUUGGACCUACAAUAUAAUGGUUUUAAGGGUCCCCUUCCCAACUUUAAAGCCAAUCUCUCAACACAACUAUCAAUUCUUUGUUUAGGAGUGAAUCAAAUAUCCAAAACCAUUCCUGUUUGGAUUGAGAAUCUCGUCAAGUUAACCUUCUUGGCCAUGAAUGAGAAUUUUCUAGAAGGCAAUAUUCCUUCUGGGAUAGGAAAACUUUCGAAGCUUCAAAGAUUAGACUUGCUUGAAAACAAACUUUCGGGAGAGAUACCUUCCUCUAUAGGCAAUCUCACUUUUUUGUUUGAACUCCGUUUAGAAGCCAAUAACUUGAAUGCAAGCAUUCCUUCAAGCCUUGGAAAUUGUCAACAGUUACAAUACAUAAACCUUAGUCAUAAUAAACUCCAAGGCCCAAUACCCAAACAACUCUUUUAUAUUUCCUCCUUAUCAAUAGCUCUCGACUUAUCUAAUAAUUCUCUGGAUGGUUCCCUACCAACAGAAGUUGGUAACUUGAAGAGUCUUUCUACAAUAGAUAUCUCCAAAAAUAGAUUGUCUGGAGAAAUCCCCUCCUCCAUUGGUGACUGUAAUAGUUUGGAACAUCUUUACAUGGGGGAUAAUUUCUUUGAAGAAACCAUUCCUCACUCUUUGACUCUUUUAAAGGGGCUUCAAGAUUUAGAUCUCUCACACAACAACUUGUCAAUGCAAAUCCCGAAAGGUCUACAAAAUCUUUUAACAUUGCGAUGUUUGAAUUUAUCCUUCAAUAAUCUUGAGGGGGAGGUACCAACAAAAGGAAUCUUUGGAAAUGCAAGUGCAAUUUUGGUGAAUGGAAAUGAUAAGCUUUGUGGGGGAAUUGCGGAGUUACGACUACCUACAUGCACAAACCAUGGAUCUACGAAACGACAAAAGUUCAAUGGUUUUGGAAUAGUUUUGGCGAUAAUCAGUGUGGUUCUUGGUAUCCUUUUGAUAUCUUCCUUUCUUACUCUCUAUUGGAUAAGAAGAUCAAAAAGUAAACCUCCAUCCACACCAUUAAUCGAUGACUGGUUCUUAAAGAUUUCUUACAAAGAGCUCUUCCAAGCUACUAGAGGAUUUUCUUCAGCUAAUUUCAUAGGUUCUGGUAGUUUUGGCUCUGUAUACAAAGGGAUUAUCGGCCAGGAUGAAACAAUUGUCGCAGUUAAGGUACUCAACCUUCACAAUCCAAGAGUUUACAAGAGCUUUAUGGUUGAAUGCAAAGCAUUAAGAAACAUUCGGCAUCGAAAUCUUAUCAAGAUUUUAACUUUAUGUUCAAGUCUUGAUUCAAAAGGCAAAGAUUUCAAAGCCCUUGUUUAUGAGUUCAUGCCCAAUGGGAGUCUAGAUGAUUGGUUGCAUCUACUGGUGGAGGCACAUAAUCAUUCAAGGAAUUUAAGCCUUCUUCAAAGAUUAAACAUCGCAAUUGAUGUGGCUUCUGCUUUGGAUUACCUUCAUUAUAACUGCUAUGCGUCAAUUGUUUAUUGUGACUUGAAGCCAAGCAAUGUUCUAAUUGACAGUGAUAUGACUGCGCAUGUCAGUGAUUUUGGUUUGGCGAGGCUACUUUUAGAACCAAACGACAAUUCUUCCGAGACCCAAACUAGUACCAUUGGGAUAAAAGGAUCUAUUGGCUAUGCUGCUCCAGAAUAUGGAAUGGGUGGAAAGGCAACUAUACAAGGGGAUGUGUUUAGCUAUGGAAUCCUUUUAUUGGAGAUGUUCACAGGAAAAAGGCCAACAGAUCAGAUGUUUACGGAUGACUUAAAUCUCCAUAACUUUGCAACGUCAGCUUUACCUGUACACGUGAUGCAAAUUUUAGAUCCAACACUCAUACCCAAGGAAGAACAAAGUGAAGAAAUUGAAGAGGUUGCUAUCAAUAGGACUGAAGGUCCUAGUCAUAAGACAGAUCAAUUGCAAGAUUGCAUAACGUCAAUAAUUGAAAUUGGGAUCCAGUGCUCCAUGGAAUCACCAAGAGAACGUAUGAACAUAAAUGAUGUUGGAAGGGGAUUACAUCUAAUCAAAAGGAAAUUUUCUUGA